UAGCGCCGCCCCCCCCCCCUCUCUUUGCCGAUCGUCCUGUUCUUUGCCGAUCGUCCUGUUCUUCACCGAUCCUCAUGUCUUCCCCAUCUAUUCAUCCUGCUAUCACCGUCAACAACAUCAAGAACUCGGUUCCCUUAGUUCUUGAUCAACAAACCAACCAUUAUAAUACCUGGGCCGAAUUAUUCAAAAACCAUUGCAAAGCUUAUGAUUGUUAUGAUCAUCUUCAACCCAAGAAAACCGACACCUCUACCUCCACCGAUAAACAAGCCGCCCCCUCUUCACCUAAACCUACCUAUUCCGAGUCAUGGGAACGUAUAGAUGCCAUUGUUUUACAAUGGAUAUACGGUACCAUCACUCAGGAUCUUUUACAUACCAUCAUGAAGAAUGACAACACCGCUUACAGUGCAUGGACCACCCUCCAAAACCUUUUUCUUGACAACCAGGAGUCCCGCACCAUUGACCUUCAAAACAAAUUUGCCAACACCCGUCUCGAUCAGUUUUCUAGCAUGUCCGACUAUUGCCAAGCUAUGAAACUCAUGUUCGACCAACUCACCAGUCUUGGCUCCACUACAACCGAAAAGCAACUGGUCAUGCAAAUCCUCACCGGCCUCAACGACCAAUACGAGAACAUUGCUCUCAUUCUCCAGCAAACCGUUCCCCUCCCGGAUUUCUACAAUACCCGUUCUCGUCUGUGUCAGGUAGAGGAACGCAAAAUGGCACAAGCAAAGGUCUCGGCACAAGCUGCGGGUACAGCCCUCACCACCACACCGGACACCUCAACUCGCCGUGAUAACACCCGGGAUCGGUCCCGGAGUGACAACUCCGAUCGCCGUAGUGAUAACUAUAACAGCCGAGGACGCGGACGAGGCCGGGGUCGCCGAGGUCGCGGCUCCUACGGUCGGGGCAGGUUCAACAGUAAUGAACAUUACUACAAUGGGAAUCCAUGGCAAGCACCACCUUGGGCCGGCCCACAAGCUUCUUGGAAUCAAUGGCCCACUAUACCACCUUGUCCCUAUCCAUCGGCUCAGACCCAACCGUCAAACCCGGCCCAAGGUAUUCUAGGCCCGAGACCUUCAACUUCGGGCAGCGGCAACAACAACUCGGCUCACUCUUACAACACUGGGUACUCACCCACGGAUAUUGCUCAGGCCCUAUACAACUUGGCGCUCCAAAACAAUGACUCCUCCUGGACCAUGGACACCGGGGCCUCAGGACCUUCGGACCAAGAAACCUAUCCUACGGUGCAAUAGCUCGGGGGAUCUCUACACUCUCAGCCCGUCCAACAUCACCCACCUUUCUGCUGCUUCUACAUUUGCUGCUAUUUCCCAAGACAUCUGGC